AUGACGGAGAAGAUGAACAGUCAUCUGGAAUUUCUAGAACAAGGAAUUUCAAAAGUAGGGAAAAACAAAAAAGAAAAAGAGAAUGAUGACGCUCAAAAUCAUCCAAAGGAAGCAGGUGAAUCAGAAGGGCAUGAUGGAGAUGCUCAAGAGAAAAAGGACACUGAGGAAGAUGGAAAGAAAGAAAGAAGUAAGUCAAAAGGGAAAGAUGAAGAUGCUGAAGAAGAAAAGGAGACUGAGGAAGGCGAGACCGAUACAAAUUCUGAAAGUGAUGUGAAUUCCGAGUCUGAAACUCGGAGUGAAGAAAAAGCUGUUAUAGAAUCUGAUGAACCAUUCGAGUCAGAGAGCAAUCAGUGUGAUGAUGAUGAUGAUGAUACCGGAACAAAAUCCGAUUCCGGGAAUUAUCAACAAGCAGAUCAAGAAACAAGCGAAGACUCUUCCAUGUUUGCUAUGAAAAUUCCUGAUUAA